AUGGCCAAUAUUGGACAUCUCAAGUUAUUGAUGAUUGCAAUCAUGGUUACGGCUGUUCUCUUUUCACUAGGAGAAGCUAUGAGUCUUUGUCACACCCUGGACUCAUGUCUCCCGGCAGGCUCUUGUGAGAAAUAUUGCAAAGCCGGUGGUUUUCCAGGAGGGAACUGUAAACCACCAAAUAUUUGUUGCUGUUAUUACUGA